GUUGUGAAGCUGAGGUAUGGCUGCUGGAAGGUUACUGCUCUACACUGGCCUCUCCUUAGCUCUCUGUGCCCUCGGCAUGCUGGCCGUGGCGAUCUGCUCAGACCAUUGGUACGAGACAGACGCCAGGAAGCAUCGGGACAGGUGCAAAGCCUUUACUACCCGUCGGGUCGAUCCAGGCUUCAUUUACAAUAACAACAAUAACUUGCCGCUCAGGGCCAGUAGGUCUAGAUUGGACCGCUGGGAAGGGAAACUCCUCCGGGCCAGGAACCGGAGGCAGCUGUUUGCCUUGAGCGCUAUGGACGAGUGCAACCGUCAGUACAACUCCACCAACAUGGGGCUCUGGAGGAAAUGCCACAGACAGGGAUUUGACCAAGACCUGGAUGACCUCAUUCAAAAAGGAGAAAUUGAGCGAUGCAUCUAUAUAAAGUACCACUACUCCUCAGCAACCAUCCCCAGGAACCUCACCUACAACAUCACCAAGACCAUCCGCCAGGAUGAAUGGCAUGCCCUGCAUCUGCGCAGAAUGACGGCUGGCUUCAUGGGCAUGGCAGUGGCGAUCAUCCUCUUUGGCUGGAUCAUCGGGGUGCUGGGCUGCUGCUGGGACCGAGGCCUUAUGCAGUAUGUGGCAGGGCUUCUCUUCCUCAUGGGAGGAACCUUCUGCAUCAUUUCACUGUGCACCUGUGUGGCCGGGAUCAACUUCGAGCUAUCACGCUACCCACGCUACCUGUAUGGACUACCUGAUGAUAUUAGCCAUGGCUAUGGAUGGUCCAUGUUCUGUGCGUGGGGGGGCCUGGGCCUCACGCUUAUCUCGGGCUUCUUCUGCACCUUGGCCCCUUCUGUCCAACCUGUCCCCAGGACCAACUGCCCCAAAACCAGACCUGAAAAUGGGACAGUGUGCUAAAAAAAAAGAACAAACAACCCCCCAUAUAUAUAUAUAAAUAUAUAUAUAUAUAUAUAUAAUAUACAUAUAUAAAACAGAAACUAAAGCAAGAUGGUGCCAGUGCCAAGAGAGCAUUGAGUUGGCUCAGGCACCCAUGUCUUCACAGAACUUUGUGUUGCUUCAUCCUUUCUCACUAAGAUGGGGAAAACUUUGUUGUCAUAUGGCUCUUCCAUCAAUUCUUAACUUAUGGCUUCAUGAUUUUUUGAAGGUUGAGUGAAUGAAUAUGCUCACUUGAAGUUGAAUCAUGUUUACUGAGGAUGGGUUGGUGAGCUGGGAAGGGACAGUGGCAAAUGUUUGAAGCAGCACAGGAAGUAGGGAAUACAUGCCAUCAAUUGGACCAACAAGAGAAGAACCCACCACCCAACAAUAUUAAUGCGAAGAAAACAAAACCCUUAGUUCACCUGUAGAAUGUAACCAACUCUUGGAGGCCAUUUUCCAAACCAUCUCUUCUCCCAAUGCUCCUGAUCUUCUUCCCCAACUGCCCCACCAGCUACAUACAAGAAUUGGAAGAGAAAACAAACUGAGAUGGAAGUUCUCUCUUUGCUUGCCAAACUUUUGGAUGAACAAAAAAGGGGAGGGGAAAGGGGGAAGAGACCAACAACCCUGAGAGAUGAUAUUUUCAUCAAUACAAGGACACUUCUUUGGAUGCUCAGACAACCCAGUCUUAUCUUCCAGCUGCCUUACAUCCAGGUUAAACAGAGGCUGCCCUGCCCCCAACCCCAUCUUCUGGGCAGACAGGGGCCUUUGAGAAAUGCUGUGAUACAUGUGUGUAUAACUUUUCUGAUGGUUUUUUUUCCUCUUCAAAUUGAAAUAUUGCAGUAUGACUGUUGUCUAUAAAUUGUGCUGAUAUCUUGGCCCAGGCAAAAAGGCCUGGAAAAAGUAGAGAAGAGGCAAGCUUGUAUGGGUGCCAAUUCUGUAACUGGAUUAUUGGAGUGUGUGUGUGUAUGUGUGUGUGUGUGUGUGUGUGUGUGAGAGAGAGAGAGAGAGAGAGAGAGAAAGGAGAGAGAAAAUUCAUGUGUGUGUAUGUUACUGAGGUGUUAUCGAUUUCAGUUUUUCUAUUAUUUUAAAAACAGCUCAAAAUUCUAGGUGGCAGAAUCAAGAGAACCAUUUGGAUAGGGGACCCUAUGGUUCUGCACAUCACUGGGGACUAUGUGGGAGGAGUCCUCUGAAUUUGGAAGUUCAAGACACAGCUGGGCAAAAAGCCAUUCCAGAAGAAGAAAAGGGAACAAAGUUUGGGAGGGAGAAAGAAUGGUGCUUUUGGCCGAUGUAUGCUAAACAAGACCUUUUCUAUUCCCCAUUGAUGGUAACUCCUGUUUCACUGAGUAUUCCUCUCCUUCUGUAUCAGUUCGCUCUCUGAAAAGAUGAAAGAAGAUAGGUCAUGUGGAGAGAAAGAGAAUCCAUUUUCCAUGGGCUCAAGUUUGUAUUGAUACUGUUGUAAAUCAACCCAGAACUUUUUACUCUUUCCAUCUUUUCCUCUCUCCCUCUCCUCUUCUUCCUUUUCUUUCUAAUCUUCAAGGUCAUGAAUCCCAGAGUAACUGUCUUGUCUAUUGACACCCAAGUGGAAGAAGGAUAAAUCCACCAUAGUAUCUUGGAAUUGAUUUGAGCAAAUUGACACUGAGGUAGCUGGAGAAGCCAGGAAAUGAACCAGGUAGGCAUGAAGCCAUGAUAUUAGGAGUCUGCCAAAGAGAGUAGGAAAGGAGCACUUACCAGAGACCACCAUGUACAGAGUGCUAUACUAUGCUAUUGGACAGCCAUGAGAUAAAGAAGAGAAGCCCUGAGAUGGGGUCUCUACAUAGCAAGUAUGAGGUAAAUAGAAAAUCUAUGUAAAUGUAAUGUUUUGUUAAAUCAAUAUCUUGUGGAUCACUUGCCAACCAACAAGCCUCUCCUCUAUCCAUUAAUAUUCCUUUUUUCACCUACUUAUUCCUUCUCUCAGCUUCCUGACUGUUCAUCCAAUCUACUUUCCCCAUACCCACCAAGUCGCAUAUUCUGCCACCUCUCUCAAAACAUGCUAAUUUUUUUGAGCAUGUGAGAGUUUAACUGUGUGGUCUCCUGGUAUGCAUUGGUCUGUGGGAGUGUACACCUGAAUGUAUGUAUCUAUGUAUGUGGAGUGUGUAUGUAUGUAUGUAUGUAUGUAUGUAUGUAUGUAUGUAUGUAUCUGGGUACAGGUGUGAGUGUGUCUAUGUCAAGACUUCUCAAAAUUAGGAUCAUAGAGGCACAACUGGAAGGAACCCCAGAAAUCAACUACUCUAACCUCAUUUUACAGAUGAGGAAACUGAGGCCCAGAGAGGUUAAAUGACUGGGGACAGAUGUCAGCAUGCAUAAAAGGGGUCUUUGUAGUUAUAUGAAUAUGGGGGGGAUGGGGAAAAGUGUCUGUGUAUAACCACGACUGUUAUUAGUAUAUAACCGGAAUAAGAAUUAUUUUUUAAAUGGUGGAUUUAUUCUACAGGAAAGAGAAACAGCUAUCAGGAAAACCUGUGGGUUUUAGAACUAUAGGGAAAUGCUCUUUUUUUUUUUUUUUUUACUUUGAAAAGUAUGAUUUCCUCGUAGGGGGAAAGGCAUAAAUGCCUCUUUGGGCAUGAGGAGGAGUGAAGAGAAGUAUCUCAGAUUGAGAGCCAUUUUGCCUUCAUUCCCCUCUUGGGGAAGAAAUGUUAGUCUGAGUUGGUGGGCAAAUGGCCACAUCCAUGAGUAUGCUUGGAAGCCUUCCUUUGGGAAGGAGGUUUGCCUGUGCCUAAAGAGUUUCUGAAGCCAAACUCCAGCUCCUUGAGUAAGUGGAAAUUGUCCAGAUGGUGGCAACUUGGCACAGGUAAUUCAUUGCAUUUUUUUAAAAGGCACCAAACCUUUGGGUCCCAGCCCCUAGAAGCACCAUUGUUUUUUCCUUCUUAUUUCUUGUAUACUACCAUUAAUAAAUUUUCCACCUUAGUAAAAUGCUUUCUGGAGGCUGAUGGAAGAAUGAACCUUUUGGAACAAAUCUUUUUUCACUUUACCUUAGCUCUAAGCUUUAGGCUUCUCAAGACUUGAAUACUUCUCAAAGGUAUUAUGGGUUCCUAGGGACCAGGGAACCGGGCUUUUCUGAAUAUUUCUCUCUACCUGCAGAGUCCUAUAUAGACAAGGCUACCUCUGACCUCCAUACAGCAAGAUACAUGUGUUGAGUUGCUUUUUCAAACAUGGGGAUGUCUUUGCCCUGAUUUAUCCAGUGUCUUUCUUACCGGAAUCUGCUUGCAACAGCAAGCCUACAACUGGCCAGGAUUAGGAGAGAAGUCUGUUGUCAUGGGACAGAGCAAAUGUAGCUGGCCCACAGGAGGAUUAAAUGACCAGGCUAGAUCCAGCCAGCUGAACUAAACACUGCAGUUCUUCAUAUGGAAACAUCCACAAUUAGACCAGUCACUUGUAUCUUUGGGAUUUGUAAGGACAGUAUUUUAAAUGACAUCUUGGGACCAGAAUUUCUUUUCUCCAAAUUCCUAAUCUAAGACCCUGGCCUCCCAAGGAGAUUCGGAGUGAAGGUCCUCCCCAAAGUCCCCCCAGGCAAAGCAGAGCCCCCAAAUCCUUUGCAGUUGUGCGAUUUUGAGUAAACAUGAAGCAAGUCUGUGUUUGUAUACUAUGAGAUGCUGGUACAUUGUAGGGACCCCUGCAACUCCUAUUCUUAACCUUCCUAGAAUUUUUCUGACAACAUUCGCAUAUAAGAGGAUUAAAGGAGCUAUUUUGACUGUUUUGACCUUUUUUCUUCCUUACUUUUCCUCCUUUCCCAAUUUUGGUAGGAAAAAGUUUCCUUUCCUGGUUUGCUUCCCCCAAACCACCUCUGAUUCUAGCCUGUGCAUGGUAUUUCCCAGCGGGAUCAGUCAUUAAUCAUUUAUUGAGUCCUAGUUAGGAAGGCCAAAGAAGUCAAUUUAUUCCCUUAGAAACAAUGAGGCUAUUCCAUGUGUUGCUCUCACCCAAUACCACUCUGACUUUUUAAAGGGAAAUGCUCUACCAGAAAUAAAAUGUGCCUGUCUCCUAGCCAACCUUACGAAAUCCUCAAUUUGCCUGACAGGUCUUACUGUUUUAGUUCAUCAAAUGUCAAAAUAGAGAGAUGCCAGGACAAGGGAGUUACCAGACGGGGGCUUUCAUUGGGUAUUAUACCUAUUCGGGAUACUUAGCCCUAGGUGUAAACCCCCUACUAUUGUCCCCGUUACCUACAUUUUGUGUCCCCAGAACUAUUUCUGGGACCCCCAUUAAUUACCCAAAUGCAGCACAUGGAAAAUUAAGACUAAUCCUUCCUUUACCAGGUAUUUUAUCUGCAACAAAUUGCAUUCUGUGAUCUGAGCAUAUUCAUCUCAAGAUUGUGGGAGGUGCUGGCUAAAAAAUGUUUGUCUUGACUUUGGUAACUAUCUAUUUUGGGAAGAGGCCACUCUCAUAUAUAAACUCAUGUCCUUUGUUUUAAUAAGCAUAUGCAGUUAGGAUCCAGAGACCUGAAACUAAAAUCCCAACACAUAGUAGUCCGGUUGUAGUGUUUAAUCUGUGAGUCUGAUACUCAAGUUGAAUUCAGAGCAGUAAAAUCAACUGCUUCUCUCAGGACUGGUUAGAUUUACAUUUUCUUCCUAUAAAUGAGUUGUCCAGUAACUAAAAGAUUUUCAGGUCUCUUAGGGGAAAGGAGUGAAGGAAAUCACUUGGAUCAUCCUCUUAUAAAAUUCUUAUAUACUUGUGGGUUUGUUUUGGAAGUCGAGGUGAAAUUGCAUUUCCAUAGAAAUUCCCAUUGGUCCAUGGACUUAACUGUCUUAAUGGUCAUAAAGAAGGCUUCACCAUCAAAGACUGGUGAUGAGACUUAGAAGGGAUUAUAUGAUAUAGACUAGAAUAGUUGAACCAGACUUUCCAUGCUCCCCCCAAAUCAAAUGCUUCUUUCUCAUCCAAGUGAUAUGGGAGAUAUGACAGUAAAAUAAGUUGAAUAUUUUUUUUAAACAAAUAGACCAAAAAUUCAAAUUCUUGAACCCAGAUCUUCAUGAUUCUAAUCCCAGUAUGCUAUCUCCCUUCAUACUUCCUCUCCACUGGAAUACAAGUAUGGGCUCCCAAAUAUGUUUUGAAGGGGAGACCACUCAUUUCAGUGUGUGUUUGCUUUAAAAUGUGGUCAUGCUUUGCCCCCAUUGAAUACAUAUUGAAAGUAGAAGGCAAGAAAAUAGUAACUUUAUUCCUGAUGAUGGUAUUAUUUCUUUCCCCCCCUCCUCCCCCACUUCCUUCUUCCCCCAAGAGUUCUUGAAAAACUCCUUCCACUUCAGAG